UUGGCGGCGCGAUGAGGCGCAGCAAGGCCGACGUGGAGCGGUACAUUGCCUCGGUGCAGGGCUCCGCCCCGUCGCCUCGAGAGUCAAUGAAAGGAUUCUAUUUUGCAAAGCUGUAUUAUGAAGCUAAAGAAUAUGAUCUUGCUAAAAAAUACAUAUGUACUUACAAAGUGCAAGAGAGGGAUCCCAAAGCUCACAGAUUUCUGGGUCUUCUUUAUGAAUUGGAAGAAAACACAGACAAAGCCGUUGAAUGUUACAGGCGUUCAGUGGAAUUAAACCCAACACAAAAAGAUCUUGUGUUGAAGAUUGGAUUGCUUUGUAAAAAUGGUACUGAUGGAAGAGCAAAAUACUGGGUUGAGAGAGCAGCUAAACUUUUCCCAGGAAGUCCUGCAAUUUAUAAACUAAAGGAACAGCUUCUAGAUUGUGAAGGUGAAGAUGGAUGGAAUACUUUUGACUUGAUUCAGUCAGAACUUUAUGUAAGACCUGAUGACAUCCAUGUGAACAUCCGGCUAGUGGAGUUGUAUCGCUCAAAUAAAAGAUUGAAGGAUGCUGUGGCCCACUGCCAUGAGGCAGAGAAGAACAUAGCUUUGCGUUCAAGUUUAGAAUGGAAUUCAUGUGUUGUACAGACCCUUAAGGAAUAUCUGGAGUCUUUACAGUGUUUGGAGUCUGAUAAAAGUGACUGGCGAGCAACCAAUACAGACUUACUGCUGGCCUAUGCUAAUCUUACACUUCUUACGCUUUCCACUAGAGAUGUGCAGGAAAGUAGAGAAUUACUGGAAAGUUUUGAUAGUGCUCUUCAGUCUGUGAAAUCUUUGGGUGGAAAUGAUGAACUGUCAGCUACUUUCUUAGAAAUGAAAGGACAUUUCUACAUGCAUGCUGGUUCUCUGCUUUUGAAGAUGGGUCAGCAUAGUAAUGUUCAAUGGCGAGCUCUUUCUGAGCUGGCUGCAUUGUGCUAUCUCAUAGCAUUUCAGGUUCCAAGACCAAAGAUUAAAUUAAUAAAAGGAGAAGCUGGACAAAAUCUGCUGGAAAUGAUGGCCUGUGACCGACUGAGCCAAUCAGGGCACAUGUUGCUAAACUUAAGUCGUGGCAAGCAAGAUUUUUUAAAAGAGGUUGUUGAGUCUUUUGCCAACAAAAGCGGGCAGUCUGCAUUAUAUGAUGCUCUGUUUUCUAGUCAGUCACCUAAGGAUACAUCUUUUCUUGGUAGUGAUGAUAUUGGAAACAUUGAUGUACAAGAACCAGAGCUUGAAGAUUUGGCUAGAUACGAUGUUGGUGCUAUUCGAGCACAUAAUGGUAGUCUUCAGCACCUUACUUGGCUUGGCUUACAGUGGAAUUCAUUGCCUGCUUUACCUGGAAUCCGAAAAUGGCUAAAACAGCUUUUCCAUCAUCUGCCCCAGGAAACCUCAAGGCUUGAAACAAAUGCACCUGAAUCAAUAUGUAUUUUAGAUCUUGAAGUAUUUCUCCUUGGAGUAGUAUAUACCAGCCACUUACAAUUAAAGGAGAAAUGUACUUCUCACCACAGCUCCUAUCAACCAUUAUGCCUGCCCCUUCCUGUGUGUAAACAGCUUUGUACAGAAAGACAAAAAUCGUGGUGGGAUGCGGUUUGUACUCUGAUUCACAGAAAAGCAGUACCUGGAAACUCAGCAAAAUUGAGACUUCUAGUUCAGCAUGAAAUAAACACUCUAAGAGCCCAGGAAAAACAUGGCCUUCAACCUGCUCUGCUUGUACAUUGGGCAAAAUGCCUUCAGAAAACGGUGAGUUUUAAAGUAUAAGCAUUUUUAAAGAACAUUACCUUAAUUUUUUAAAAUCAUGAACUUUUAUUGAAAGUUUUUUUGUUCUGAAA